AGUACUACAUAAUUCUUGCUGGCUUCAGAGCGGCGAUAACAACCAUGUCGAGCAACGAGGUUUUUCAGACACAAUUAUCUACUAUUAUGGAUAUAUUCGUUGAAUCAGCAGUAAGGGAGGUGUCGAGACUCCUAGACGAGUGCUUUGUUGCUGUUAUGGAAAAUGAAGAAAAUAGUUUGCUAAAGAGAGAAAUGACACGCGUGAAUAAAACCAACACGAGAAAGUUUGCAUCAUUCAUGGAGGUGUUGAGUAAAACCUCGGUGGAGAAAAUAGCACUGCUCACGUACGUGGUCGAAUCAGAAGUGAGAGCGGUGGAGAAGACUGCUGAAAACAGGCCUGUCCGUCGGGCAGGAGGAAGGACGGAAGAAAAACCACGAAGGGAUGAGGGAUCUGAGUCUAAUCAUCAUGAUGAUCAACCUGACUUUGCCCCCCUGUCCUCAACUGUAUCAGAUGAGGAUUCACUCCCUCAGUUUCAUCCACAAGAAGAGGUUACUCUUGGCCCCCAGACCCUAUCUGCAACAGACCUAGACAAACGAGACAGGCAGCCCUUCAGUUGUUCUCAUUGUGGAAAAGAUUUCAAGAUGAAAUGUUUAUUGAAUAAACACCUUCGGACCCAUUCAAAACCCUAUAGCUGCUUGCAGUGUGGGAGAUGUUUUAGCUUGAAGAGGAGGCUUGAGGAACACUCCAUGACACAUUCUGGAGAGACACCCUUCAGUUGUGCCGAUUGUGACGCAGUGUUUCGCCAGAAACCUGCUUUGCAGUCACACAUGAAGCGUCACAAAACGAAGAAAACGGUCGCAUGCACAGUUUGUGAAAAAAAGUUUCUAGGGGAAACAGGACUAGAGAGGCACAAGUGUAGUAGUGAUGCACAGAAGACAUUCAGCUGCUCUCUUUGCCCGAAGACCUUUAAGUGGAGACGAAGACUGGUUGAUCACGAGGCUACGCAUUCAGGGGAGAGGAAGUAUUGCUGUGAAACCUGCGGCAAACUUUUCUUUACCACUUCAACCUUAGCUGUCCAUAAGAGGAGUCAUAUAGAAAAGGAUCAUAGCUGUACUUUAUGUGGCCAAUGUUUCAGCGAUGCACCUGCUCUCAGAAAGCAUAUGGUGGUCACCCAUCCUGGAGAAACAAAAGAAAAAUAUUUUGUCUGCGACGUGUGUGGCAAAUGUUUUGGUCGAAAGUGCCAUCUCAAAAGCCAUAUGACUCUACACGGGGCAGAGAAACCUUUUUCUUGUGAUGUUUGUGGAAAAAAGUUUAGUCAAGGUGCUAAUCUCAGCAGACACAAGAGAACUCACACAGGCCAGAAAUUGUAUUGCUGUGAUGUUUGUGGUAAACGGUUCACCCAGUCCGGAACCCUGAAGAUCCAUAAAAUAAGGCACACUGGUGAAAGGCCUUACAAGUGUGAUGUCUGUGAGAAAGCCUUCUUUGAACCUUCCUCCCUCCGGAGUCACAAGAGGCGUCACCUUACACUUCAGGAAAAGCUGCGGUCUGGCCCAAAGCUGCAGUCUGCGCCAAUUCAGCCGUCUGGGCCAAAGCCAUAUGUCUGCAAUCACUGCGGUAAAGCCUUCUAUGUGAAAGUUUCUCUGGAUCAGCAUGUGCGCAUUCACACAGGAGAGAAACCAUUCAAAUGUGACAUUUGUGGGGAAGGUUUUAGGUAUCAUCAUUCACUUAAAAUUCACAAGGUCACUCACACAGGGUUGAAACCAUAUUACUGUAAAGUUUGCGGGAAAGGUUUUAUGUACAAUUUCCUUAAAGUUCACAUGCGCACUCACACAGGCGAGAAACCAUUUGAGUGUGAUCAAUGUGGUAAGAGGUUCAGCCAGAAAGGUCAUCUAAAAUCUCACGAGCGUGUGCACACUGGUGUCAAAGCAUUUGUGUGCAAAGACUGUGGGAAUGCCUAUGCCUGUAGACACAAUCUGAAAGUCCACAAGUGCAAGUACAACUGGAAACCAGCUCCUGGAAACAGUGCAGAGGAUUACUGAAGAAACAGGUCUAAGAUGAAUGGCACAGGGCCUCUGAAUAAUAUGGCAGUGUGAAAAUGUUGGUGCUCAAGAACUUACUAAACUAAAAACAUUGAAAACCCCUUGAGGUUAUGUUGAAAAAGUGACCUGUGUGACAUUGCGCCGUAGGAAAAAUAAAAUGUUUUACAAUUACAGUUAGCUUUGGGCUCUUAAAGUACAUUUUAAUAAACCUCUAUAGUCAAAAUUC